UCUCUCUCAUUGAGCGCAGUGCAGUGCGGAUUACAGACUCUGUCCUCUCAGUGCAGCGGGAACUACAGCAAACAAGGGCUAUAUUCAUACGAGCACAUUAAUUGCAGGUAAUGGAGCUCUUUGAGGAGGGGCUCUCUCUGAACCUGUGCGUCUUUUCGUUGCUCAUUUGGACUUCUACAAGUGCAUUUAACCUGGACACGCAAAACGUCCUCAGGAAGAAUGGUCACCCGGGAAGCCUCUUCGGAUUCUCCCUCGCCUUGCACCGGCAGCUCCAGCCCUCGGAUAAAACAAUAUUGUUGAUUGGUGCUCCCACAGCCAGGGCUUUAUCCAAUCAGGGAGCAAACAUCACGGGUGGGCUGUACAGCUGUGACAUCACCACCCAUCCUGAUGACUGUACUCGAGUGGACUUUGACAAUGAUGUUGAUGUUCUUGUGGAGAAUAAGGAGAACCAGUGGAUGGGUGUAACGGUUCAGAGCCAAGGACCUGGAGGCAAGAUUGUGACAUGUGCCCAUCGCUACCAGCGUCUGUUGUUCCCGAACACACCCCAGGAGGCGCGCGACAUCACUGGACGCUGCUACAUGCUCAGUCAAGACCUGAGCAUCGACAGCCAAUCCGACGAGGAUGGGGGGAACUGGAAAUUCUGUGAUGGGCGCACUCGGGGUCAUGAACGAUUCGGGGCCUGUCAGCAAGGCUUGGCUGCCACCUUCACUAAAGACUACCAUUAUGUCAUCUUUGGAGCACCAGGGGCGUACAACUGGAAAGGUAUAGUGCGCGUCGAGCAGAAGAACAACACUCUGCUGGAAAUGGGCUUGUUUGAUGAUGGGCCUUAUGAGGUCGGGGAUGAAAACCGCCUUGAUCCAAAUCUAGUGCCAGUACCAGCCAACAGUUACUUAGGUGAGUGUGUGUGUGUGUGUGUGUGUGUGUGUGUGUGUGUGUGUGUGUGUGUGUGUGUGUGUGUGUGUUUUGAUGUUAAUGUUUUUUGUGACACUGAAUCUUGCAUAUGUACAGGAUUCUCUCUGGAUUCUGGCCACAGUAUCACAGAAAAAGGGAGACUCAUCAUCGUGUCCGGAGCGCCGAGAGCCAAUCACAGCGGUGCAGUGGUGUUUCUGCGCAAGCAAGACGAAGCCUCCACCAGGCUCAUGUCUGAACACAUUCUGGAAGGACCAGGACUCGCGUCCUCCUUUGGAUAUGAUGUUGCUGUGGUGGACCUAAACGGAGAUGGUUGGCAGGACGUUGUGGUUGGUGCACCCCAGUUCUACCAGAGAGACGAGGAAGUGGGUGGAGCUGUGUACGUUUACAUCAAUAAAGCUGGAAGGUGGAAGGACGUCACUCCUACUCGCCUGAAUGGAACCAAAGACUCAAUGUUUGGACUGGCUGUGGAGAACAUUGGAGACAUUAAUCUGGAUUCUUUUGAAGAUAUUGCUGUAGGAGCUCCAUAUGCAGACUCAGGGUUCGGUAGCGUGUACAUCUACCACGGAUCCGCUGACGGCAUUAAUACCAAACCAGCUCAGAUACUGGAGGGCAAACAGCACAAUAUUAAGAUGUUUGGCUAUUCUCUGGCCGGAAAUAUGGACCUGGAUCAGAACUCGUACCCUGAUCUCGCCGUUGGGUCGCUCUCUGACACAGUUUUUAUUUACAGGUCCAAAACGGUUAUUAGCAUCAAGCAAGACAUCAAGGUGACACCGAAGGAAAUUGACUUGAUGAAGAAAACGUGUGGCAACAGUAUUUGCUUGACUGUGGAAGCUUGUUUCACAUAUAGAGCAAACCCUCACACCUACAACCCUAAAAUCACCAUUUCCUGUACAUUGGAGGCAGAGUGGUACCGCAGGAAGCUGGGUCUCCCAUCUAGAGUUGUGUUUCUGGAGAAGAACGAGAUGGAUCAGGACUUCCAGUCGACCGGCACUCUGGAGCUGCGAGGACAAAACAAAAAAGCUUGUUACAAGAGCAAACUCAGAUUACAAGAAGGCAUCAGGGAUAAGCUCAGAGCGAUUCCUAUCGAGGUGUCUGUGGCCAUUCAGAGUGCUAAGAGAGGCAAACGGCAGAGCUCGCUGCCACAACUAGUGCCAAUACUGGACUCCACUGUGCCCAACAAGACCAUCACUGAGGUGAACUUCCUGAAGGAGGGUUGUGGCAAGGACAACAUCUGUCAGAGUAACCUACAUCUGCACUACAGGUUCUGCUACAGGGAGUCCAAACAAGAUGUGUUCCCUCCUCUACCUCUGGAGAAUGGUGUGCCAGUGAUUUCUCUGAGUGAUCAGAAGGACAUUGCCCUGGAGGUCACAGUGACGAACAGAAAUGGAGAUGAUGCUCAUGAAGCCAAAUUGGUGGGGCAGUUUGAUGAAUCUCUGUCAUACUCUGGAUUCAGAUCUCUGAGAACUACUGAUAAACACGUGAUCUGUGCUGCCAAUCAGAAUGGCUCUCUGGCAGACUGUGAGCUGGGAAACCCUUUUAAACGGGAUUCAGAGGUAAAAUUCUAUAUCAUAUUGAGCACUGGCAAGAUAUCACUCGACACCAAAGAAGUUGAGAUCGACCUUCAGCUGGAAACAACGAGUUCACAGGAGGGCCUGAGUAAAGUGAAGGCCAAAGCCAAAGUGGUGAUUGAACUUCUUCUUUCUGUACAAGGGGUUGCCAAGCCGUCUCAGGUCUAUUUUGGAGGUCAAAUCAGAGGCAUGAGUGCCAUGAAGACAGAGGAGGAAGUCGGCAGCUUGAUCGAAUAUGAAUUCAGAGUGAUUAAUUUGGGAAAGCCUCUGAAGUCUUUUGGGACUGCAUCCCUAAACAUCCAGUGGCCUAAAGAAAGUUCUGUGGGGAAAUGGCUGCUGUAUCUGAUGAAGAUCAACACCAAGGGCCUGCAGUUAGUCAGCUGUUCCCCUGAGAGAGAGAUAAACCCUCUCAGACUGAGCGAGGAGACGACGUCAGCCAGGAGAAAGCGUGAGCUGGAGGAGAGGAGACCAUCUGACGGGAGUAAAACAUCCCUCUUCACUGACAAACGCAAGCACAAGAUUCUGUCGUGCAGUGGUGAUGCCAGAUGCGUGGAGAUGAAAUGCCCCCUACAGGGCUUGGACAGCACUGCAGUCAUCGUUUUAAAAUCCCGGCUGUGGAAUUCCACUUUCCUUGAAGAUUAUGCGUCCUACAAUUACCUUGAUAUAAUAGUGAAAGCCUCCAUAAGUCUGGAUGUCUCCGCCAAUAACAUUGUCCUUAAAAAUGCUGAGACCCAGGUGAGGCUGACCGUGUUCCCGGAGACGACAGUGACUCCGUUCGGAGGAGUUCCCUGGUGGAUCAUUCUCGUGGCUGUUUUAGCUGGGAUUCUGAUGCUGGCUCUCCUAGUUCUGUUACUCUGGAAGUGUGGAUUUUUCAAACGUUCCAAAUAUGAGGACAGCGUUCCGAAAUAUCAUGCGGUGAGGAUUCGUAAGGAGACGCGUCUCUUGAAAGACGGAAAGGUCAUGUUAGAUCCCUUUGAGAAGAAGCAAUGGAUGACCACAUGGGAUGAGAACGAAAGCUACUCAUGAGACUGUCUCUGCAUCUGAUGUGGACAAUGCGCACCAUCAGGCGUCUACAGUUGUGAAAAGUUUCAGAGGAAGUCCACCUCUGUACGGUCUGGGAGCCGUGAGACGUUUGACAUGAAGAUGCCUUUACACAUCCAUGUGUUUCUGGUAACUAAAGGGUAAAGGCUGACUGUUAACGCCUGGGCUUUUUGUUUGCAAUGGCACCCCUUUAAAAUGUUUGUAUAUUUUUGGAAGAUGCAUGAGAUGCCAAGAAUGGAUUGUCUUGAUUUUCUUUGUAAAUAUUUUACUAUGCAGUUUA